AUGCAGCCACCAAGUCAAGUACAGCAAUUUUUUAAUAAAUUUUUUAUAGAGAAAAAGAAGAAGGUAAAGAAAGGCUAAGAUCCAGACACGAGCUCAGGUAAGAGACCAACAAGCACAUCUCCAGUGAUGGAGUACCUGAGUGAUGUGUGCAAUCCAGAGAAAUAUAUGAUCUAUGAGUUCCCACCUCCUGAGAUGAGAGAGGGAUGUGAAGCUUUCAUUAUGGACUGGGAAGAAUAAAUUGAAAAGGCAUUGAUUGCCAGAUAAGGUAAUGCAGAUGUAGAGGACUACGUGUGUAAUGUCUUAAGUAAAGCCUGCAAAAAUGUUGAUGUCAAGAAUGCACCUCGCUUUGACAAUGAGAUCUUUGUAGAUGGGCAGCCUGUUCCUGUUGGCUAGGAUGGCAAAGUAGACCUUGGAGCCAAGAAAAAUGAUGAUCUAUGA